AUGAUCUUCCAAAAAGUGAAACCUCCCCCUAAGUUCAAUUAUGGCAUGUUUAUGAAGUCUAAAUGGAAUGUUUGGCUUAAAUUCAAUCUUUCUCAGACUCAAAAGUGGAGAGCAAUCUUUUCUAUGGGGAUGUGGCAUAUAUGGAAGUUAAGAAAUGGAGGUACUAAUAAAGGUAAAGGAAUUCUACUUACAGAAAGGAGUGCUUCUGCUUCAAUUCUUAAGUGGAAUCCUCCUAGAGCUGGUUUUCUGAAGCUGAAUACAGAUGGAGCUUGGAAAAACUCUGAUAAGUACAAUUCCAACUCAGCUCUGGCUGCUGAGCUCUAUGCUUUACGUGAAGGAAUAAAUUAUGCUAGAGCUAUCCCCGUUCAAUUUUUGGAGGUGGAGACUGAUGCUCAGGCUAUAAAGGGAAUGAUGAGCAAGGAUACUGAAGAUCCUCACCAUGAACUUGUUGCUUUGAUCAUAGAUGUUGGGAGACUUCUCAGAAAUAAGGAUAAGGAUAUGACUAUAAUUUUUAAUCAUAUUCCAAGGGAGAUCAACUAUGUAGCCCAUUAUCUUUCUAAAUAUGCCAUGGAUAUGCAUAUUGGACAUAAGCCUCAUUAUGAAAUUCCAGCAAGUGUUAGAGUAGCUUAUGAUGUAGAUCUCCGAGCUAUGGGGGUUUUUGCUUCUGUUUAG